AUGACACUCAGGAAAAUAAGGCAGCAUCUCAAAGUGCCAGAGGGUGAGGACCAUAUCUCCAAUGUAUGGAUCAAUGACGAUAUCCGGCCUCUUCCACCACACAGACGCACUUGGUCACGAUGGGCAUUCAUCUCUUUCUGGGCUAUCAAUCAGAUCGCCCUCUCCAACUGGCAACUCGGUGGAUCUCUCGUUGCCACUGGAAUCUCUGUUUGGCAAGCAAUCGUCGCCAUUAUCAUUGGCAAGAUCAUUGUCGCAAUGGUAGCGAUCGCAAACGGCUACGUCGGUGCUACCUGGCAUAUCGGUUUCUGUGUUGUCUCUCGCUACGUCUGGGGCAUCCGAGGACAAUACGUAGCUCUCAUACAGCGCAUCAUAUUGAGUCUAGUCUGGUUUGCUGUGCAAUCCUGGACCGGCGGCCUUUGUGUCCAAAACGUCCUCUCUGCGAUCUUCCCGAGCUUUCAGCACAUGAAAAACCACUUCCCAGCGAGUGCAAAUCUGGACACGAAACAAUUUGUUGGGUGGAUACUGUUCAAUGUCAUCAUGGCUCCGAUCAUCUACAUCAGACCUGAGGGCAUGAAGCAUGUCAUUCUGUGGAUGACCGUUGUGUCCGGUAUCACUUUGGUAUGUAUGACGAUCUGGGCAUUGUCUGCCGCGAACGGUGCAGGUCCUUUACUUAAGCAAACGGCUUCCACCAAGACUGGUGAGGAACUUGAAUGGAACAUAACUUUGGGCGUGACUACCGUCAUUGGUAACAUCGCCGCCGGCUUGGUCAAUCAGAUGGAUUACUCGCGAUUUGCCCGACGUCCUGGUGACCAGGUGUUUGGCCAAUGGAUCUCGAUCAUCGGUCUGGGAAUCAUCAUGCCACUCUUCGGCUGUCUUACAUCCUCUGCGACGCAGAAGAUAUACGGAGAAGCACUUUGGAAUCCUCCGGAUAUCGUGCAGAGAUGGUUGGACACUGAUUACAACGCAAAGUCACGCGCAGCCGCGUUCUUCGCAGGCUGUGGCUUGGUAACAUCCCAGCUGGCUAUCAACACCAUCGACAACGCUUUCUCUGCUGGCAUGGACAUUGCCGGCCUCUUCCCCAGCUAUAUCAACAUCAGACGUGGAGCAUACAUCGGUCUGAUCUUCAGUAUCGCUCUCUGCCCAUGGCAACUGCUCUCCUCAGAAUCGACUUUCAUCAGUGUUCUUUCUGCAUACAGUGUAUUCCUUGGACCAAUGACUGGCAUCAUGAUCUGCGACUACUGGGUGGUGAGAAGAGGAAAGCUGAAACUGUCAGACCUGUACCACGGCCGUAAGGAUGGCAUCUUCUACUUCUGGCACGGUGCGAAUUGGAGGAGCUUCACAGCUUGGAUAUGUGGGUGGAGCUAUCUCAUACCGGGCUUCGUCAAGGCAGUGGCACCUGAGAUCAGUGUGCUUUAG